AUGGAUCCCGACCGAGCUGUAGUGGAUGAUGUAGAAAGCAAUGUGCCGACUCCCGCGCAAGGGACCGCGCCUGAGGAAAAUUCAACAUAUCGUUGGUGGAAAACAUUAGUAUCUGUGGUUUCGAAAGAAAGGGUUACAUGGGAUUUCUUCCAAGAGGAAUUCAGAAAGAAAUACAUAAGUCAACGGUUCAUCGAUCAAAACCGUAAGGAAUUUCUCGAAUUAAAGCAGGGCCGAAUGUCUGUGGCAGAAUAUGAAAGAGAGUUUGUUAGACUUAGUAAAUAUGCUCAAGAGUGUGUGCCCAUAGAAGCUAUUAUGUGUAAAAGGUUUGAAGACGGGUUAAAUGAAGAUAUCAGAAUGUUUGUUGGGAUGUUGGAACUAAAAGAAUUUGUGGUACUGGUUGGUCGAGCUUGCAAGGCUGAAGAAUUGAAUAAAGAAAAGAGAAAAGUUGUGAUUGAGGCUCGGGAUGCAAGAAAAAGACCAAUGAGUAAGUCAUUCCAAAAUCAGUCAAAGAAGUUCAAAGAAGUGAAUUCUCGAUCGACUGUUUCAACUGGGUAUUCUUACCGAGAUCUUGGGAGAUCAUAUUCAAAUCCGAAAGCUCAAGCUACUUCAAUAGUAAGUGUGGGUAGUGUGAAGUCUAGUAAACCUGAGUGUCAACAUUGUGGAAGGCCACAUCCUGGUGAGUUCUGGUUAAUUAGCCGAGCUUGUUUCAAGUGUGGUUCUCGACAACACUACAUUAAAAAUUGCCCUGAGAAAGUUGAAGAAGAAAAAUUUCAGAAUGUUAGAUCGGGUGAUACUGUUAGCAGAGGUAGACCACCGAGAAAUACCAAAAAUAGAGCUAGCAGUAAAAGUGAAAUGAAAGAUACAACUAUGAGACCAGAAACUAGAACACCUGCUAGAGCUUAUACUAUAUGUACUCGAGAGGAUGCAUCAUCUCCCGAUGUGAUUACUGGUAAAUUUUCUCUCUCUGACACUGAUGUUAUUGCAUUGAUUGAUCCCGGGUCUACUCAGUCUUAUGUUUGUGUGAAUUUAGUAUCUAAUAAGAAUUUGCCUGUUGAAUUUACUGAAUUCGUGAUUAAAGUGUCAAACCCUUUAGGCAAAUAUGUGUUAGUCGAUAAGGUGAACUGUAGACAGAAAAUUCUUGAAUUGAAAUGUGAAACUGGUGAAAUUCUUCGAGUUGAAACAAAUGAAUCAAAUAAAUUGCCUCUUGUGAUUUUGCACAUGUCUGCCCAGAAAUAUUUGACAAAAGGGUGUGAAGCUUAUCUUGCUUAUUUGUUAAACACUGAGAUGAUUGAGUCGAAGCUUGAAUCAGUACCAGUAGUCUGUGAAUUUCCGAAUGUGUUUCCAGAGGAAUUUCCUGGAUUACCUCCAAUUAGAGAAGUUGAGUUUGCUAUUGAUUUGUUACCUGGGACUGCACCGAUCUCUAUUGCUCCGUAUAGAAUGAAAGAUGGUUCUAUAAGACUUUGUAUUGCCUAUCGUCAGCUCAGCAAAGUAACUAUAAAGAACAAGUAUCCGUUUCCAAGAAUUGAUGACUUGUUCGACCAGUUAAAGGGAGAAAUAGUGUUUUUAAAGAUUGAUUUGAGAUCAGAUGAUAUUUUAAUCUGUUCUCGAGAUGAAUCCGAGAACGCCGAGCAUUUAAGAACUGUGUUACAGACUUUGAGAGAGAAUAAGUUAUUUGCUAAAUUUAGUAAAAGUGAGUUUUGGCUUCAUGAAGUCGGAUUUUUGGGACACAUAGUUUCAAGUGACAUAGUUUCAAGUGAUGGUAUUCGGGUUGAUCCGAGUAAAAUUUCUGCAAUUGUUAAUUGGGAGCCACCAAAGAAUGUAUCCGAGGUUAGAAGUUUUCUGGGCUUAGCUGGGUAUUAUAGACGUUUUGUUAAAGGAUUCUCAAUGAUUGCUUCUCCUAUGACUAAGUUAUUGCAAAAGAAUGUCAAAUUUGAAUGGAUUGAUAAAUGCCAACAAAGUUUUGAGAAAUUGAAGGCUUUAUUUACUGAGGCGCCGGUGUUGGUGCAACCUGAGACAGGGAAAGAGUUUAUAAUUUACAGUGAUGUAUCGUUGAAUGGUCUUAGAUGUGUGCUAAUGCAAGAAGGAAAGACAAAUGUAAUCGCUGAUGCUUUGAGCAGAAAAUCUUUGUUUGCUUUGAGAACCAUGGAUACGAGUUUAGCUUUGUCCGAGGAUGGUUCAAUUUUGGCUGAGUUGAAAGCUAGACCGUUAUUUUUGUAG